AUGUCAGCCAGGCCCGGGUUCUAUCGACAGGAGCUGAAUAAGACGGUUUGGGAGGUGCCCGAACGGUACCAGAACCUGACGCCGGUCGGCUCCGGAGCGUACGGUUCAGUGUGUUCCGCCUACGACGUCAUCCUGCGACAGAAAGUUGCGGUGAAGAAGUUGUCGCGUCCGUUCCAGUCGCUCAUCCACAGUCGUCGUUCGUACCGGGAACUCCGGCUACUCAAGCACAUGAAACAUGAGAAUGUAAUAGGGCUGCUGGAUGUAUUCACACCUGCUGCUACACUGGAAGAAUUCAAUGAACUCUACCUGGUGACAAACCUGAUGGGCGCGGACCUUAAUAACAUUGUGAAAUUCCAGAGGUUGUCAGAUGAGCACGUGCAGUUUCUGAUUUACCAGCUACUACGUGGCCUCAAGUACAUCCAUUCAGCCGGAUUGAUUCACAGAGACCUGAAGCCUAGUAAUGUGGCAGUAAAUGAGGACUGCGAGCUGAGGAUUCUUGACUUCGGGUUGGCCCGGCAAACUGACGACGAGAUGACAGGGUACGUGGCGACCCGCUGGUAUCGGGCGCCGGAAAUCAUGCUGAACUGGAUGCACUACAAUCAAAAUGUUGAUAUUUGGUCAGUGGGAUGCAUUAUGGGAGAGCUGCUGAAGGGAAAAGUCCUUUUUCCCGGCACUGAUUAUAUCGACCAGCUGAAGAGAAUCAUGGAAAUGGUCGGAACUCCAACCCCGGACCUGCUGGAGAAAAUCUGCUCCGAGCAUGCACAGAAGUACAUCCAGUCUCUGCCUUUUAUGCCUCAGCAAGAUCUCGAAAAGAUUUUCCGGGGAGCAAAUCCACUAGCCGUCGACCUUUUGAAGCGUAUGCUAGUGCUCGACUGCGAUGGGAGAAUCUCAGCUAGUGAGGCUCUGGCCCACCCUUACUUCUCGCAGUAUCACGACCCGGAUGAUGAGCCCGAAGCGCCGCCUUACGACCAAACCCUGGAGAGUAAAGACCGUACUUUAGAGGAAUGGAAAGAGUUGGUGUUUACAGAAGCAAACAGCUUCAAAGGCGCCGCCGGCAAGACUGAUAGCCUUCAAGUGGAGCAGUGA